AUGGCUGAACAACUAAGUGCACUAUCCAACAUUACGGCCACAUCACAUCCAAUCGGAGUUUUAGAUUUAUGCCAGCCUGUGUCACCUUUCUGGGUGGAUGUAUUUAACACAACAUGGCCGGAUUUUACCAUUUGUUUCGAAGAUACUAUUUUAAUUACAGCACCGUACAUGGUACUUGCUUUAUACUGCCUAUUUUAUCUUCCGUAUUUGUAUGGAAAGUCUAAGCGCGUAAAGUUACUCAAGAUUGGGCCAACUCCAGUACUAUUUAAUGUAAAGUUGGGAUUAUGCGCAACUAUGAUCACGCUGCACCUCGUAGAAUUAGGUCUCACCGGCCUCGAAUCAACACAAAUCCAAAUUCCUGGAUCCUAUAUUCUGUCGUCUAGCAUAUCACUAUGUGGAAUGAUGUUAGUAGCUCUGUUAGUAGUUCUGGAAAGGCGAGCUGGCGUAAGAUCAUCCGGCAUCUUGUGUGUUUUUUGGAUACUAAAUACUCUGAAUUUUUGGCCGUCACCUAGUAGAUUGAUAAUCUUUGCAAUCAAUAUGUGCUUGGUGAUUACAUCAACAAUUCUUUCAUUCUUUGCUGAUCUAUCAAAAGUCUUACCAAAUAAAAAGGAUAAGAAUCUUUCGCCAGAGUAUAACGCAUCCUUUUUAUCGAAAAUUACGUUUUGGUGGAUGAAUCGGAUGAUGUGGAUGGGCUUUAGACGUCCUUUAACUGAUAGAGACCUUUGGCAGUUAGAUGAUGAGGAUAAAUGUUAUAAUUUAGGCUUACAUUUUAAUGAAUACUGGCAGCAAGAAGUAGAACAGAAAAAACUCUUUAUAGAAUUUAUGAGUGAUAAGAGUGUAGACAGCUGGUUUGGAUAUAUUCUUGCCAUAGGAUUAUUUUUGGUGACAAUUAUUAGCGCUCUAUUUAGAGAACAGUACCAACGAAAGUGUUUUAUAUGCGGAAUAAAAAUUAGGUCGUCCUUAGUAUGGGCUAUAUAUAGAAAGGCUUUACUCUUGUCAGAUGCAGCACGAAAAGAUUCUACUGUGGGAGAAAUUGUUAAUUUAAUGUCCUAUGAUGCCCAACAAUUUCAAAGCUUAAUCAUGUUCCUUCACGAUAUCUGGUCGUCACCGCUACAAAUUGGAAUUUGUAUGUAUUUCCUUUAUAACACUUUAGGAGCUGCUUCUUUAGCUGGUGUUGGCAUUUUGUUAGUCUUAUUACCGAUUAACAUCAUUUUAUGUCUGAAAGCAAGAAAUAUUCAGGUGAAACAGCUGAAAUUGAAAGAUGAGAGAAUUCAAGUCAUUAGCGAAGUCGUGAAUGCUAUUAAGACAUUAAAAAUGUGUGCCUGGGAAGAGCCAUUUCUUAACAUCAUUAAUGAGAUUAGGGAUAAUGAAUUAAAACUGCUUCGGACAUCGUCAAUCCUAUAUGGCGUAGCUGAGAUAGCUUGGCAAGCUUCACCAUUAUUAGUCUCCUUAGUUACAUUUGCCACUUACAUCUUGUCAGGAAAUUCUUUAACAGUUGAAAGUGCAUUUGUUGGAAUGUCUUUAUUUAACUUAUUGCGCUUUCCAGUGGGAAUAUUACCAAUAGUAUUGUCUAAUAUCAUGCAACUUAGUAUAUCGCUAAAAAGGAUAACAAGCUAUAUGUUAAGGAAUGAACUCGAACCUCAAAGCAUAUGUCGGCAAAUGCCUCCGGGAAAAGAGACGAUAGCUGUAAAUUUCAAUAAAGCUAGCUUUAAAUGGUCACCAACCGAUGACAAACCCGUCCUGAACAGAAUUCAACUUGAAAUACCCAAAGGUUCCCUAGUUGCUAUCGUUGGACAUGUUGGUAGCGGAAAGUCUUCCUUGCUUAAUUCCAUUAUUGGUGAAUUACACCGCUCUCAUGGCGAUGCUUUCGUCGAAGGAUCCAUCUCCUAUGUUCCACAACAACCAUGGAUCGAAAAUUGUUCAUUUAAAGAUAACGUGCUAUUUGGGAAUGAAUAUGAUACGGCAAGAUAUAGGCAGACUUUGCAAGCUUGUUCCCUUUAUCACGACCUUCGCUUACUUCCUGGUGCUGAUUUAACUGAAAUCGGAGAAAAGGGAUUAAAUCUUAGUGGUGGUCAGAAGCAGCGUUUAAAUUUAGCACGUGCAGUUUACUGCAAUCGUGAUAUAUAUCUCCUCGAUAAUACACUUAGUGCAGUGGAUAUCAAUGUUGGAACAGCAAUUUUUAAUUGUGUUAUUGGGCCAAACGGGACAUUAAGGCACAAGACACGCAUAUUAGUAACUCAUAACUUAAGCUUUCUUCCCCAAAUGGAUCAAAUCUAUGUCAUGAAUAAAGGUUUAAUAGUUGAGAGGGGCACGUAUAAAACGUUGAUUGCAGAUGGUGGAGCUUUUUCUGAAGUAUUACAAACAUUUACAAAAACUGAUGAAACUCCAAAUAAAUAUGAAAAAGAAUUAGACCAAGACAAUGACGAUAAUCAAGAAAAUAUCAAACUUAAUCGUCAAGUAAGCACCAUUUCUACAGUAUCAUCGCCGGUACCUAAUCCGAAAAAUCGGACAGGAGUUAUUCGAAUAAAGUCAAAGUCUAAGGACUCCUUUAAGAAACAAUUGAAACGGGAAAUUAAGAAAAAGAAAAUUACUAGUAAUGAAGAAGCAAUGUCAGGACAGGUAAAAGUGUCGGUCUACUUGCUAUAUAUGAAAUCGAUUGGAUUCUUUUUAGGCAUUAUUAUCGUAUUAUUUGAAAUUGCUGGCCAAGCAUGUUAUGCAGUGUCUAGCUUUUGGUUAGUUACAUGGACUUCCAACCUAAAUAAUACCAAUGCAACACAAAGUGAUGAGUACUAUCUCGGAAUUUAUGGACUUAUUGCAGCCAUUCAAAUUGUAGUUUUGGGAGUGAACGCUAUCGUUAUAGCAUUAGCCCGAAUCAAAGCAUCCGACGAUUUUCAUUUUAAUCUAGUUCAUAGUGUGGUGAAUGCACCUAUAUCCUUCUUCGAUUCUACGCCCAUUGGUAGAAUUAUUAAUCGUUUCUCGCAUGAUAUUAACGGAAUCGAUGAAGUUGUACCCACCAUGUUUAGCGGCUUUCUUUCCAUGUCUGUUAGUGCUCUUAUGGUUAUUGUCGUUGUCAGCGUAUCUACACCGACAUUUAUAAUAGCGAUUGUACCACUUUUCAUUAUGUAUUUCUUUACUCAGCGCUUCUAUAUAUCGACAUCGAGGCAACUAGGGCGCUUGGAAUCGAUAUCUAGGUCUCCCAUCUUUUCACACUUUAGCGAAAGUCUACAAGGCGUAGCCACUAUUCGAUCUUUUGGUGUCCAAGAAAGAUUUGCUACGGAAUGUCAUAAAAAAGUAGACGUCAAUCAAAUGGCUUACUAUCCAUCAGCUGCCACAAAUUUUUGGCUUGGUGUUCAUCUCGAUUUUAUUGGAGCUUGCAUUGUUUUAUUGGCAUCCACACUCGCUGUUUAUUAUCGUGGGUCUAUUCUUGCUGGUAGUGCAGCUGUAUCCGUUUCCUUUGCCUUACAGAUCACCAAUGUAUUGAACUGGAUGGUCAGGGCAGCUAAUGGCUUAGAGAAAAGUAUUAUUGCAGCAGAAAGAAUUAAAGAAUAUUCCGAUAUAUCUGAGCAGGCGUCUGCAAUUAUUGAUGAUUCUAGGCCGCCUCCAGGCUGGCCAAGUAAAGGAGAAAUUGAAUUUGAGAGCUACUCUGUUUCAUAUAAUAAAAAUAGCAGACUAGUUCUUCGAAAUAUCAAUGUAAAAGUGGAAGCGAGAGAAAAAUUAGGCGUCAUUGGUAGGACAGGAGCUGGAAAAACUACGUUAGUACGAGCUCUGUUUCGUCUAUCAGAACCGUGUGAAGGUUGCAUUUACAUAGACGGAUUAAAUAUAUCCAAAAUAGGGCUGUAUGAUUUAAGAUCGAAAUUAACCAUUAUACCUCAGGAUCCUGUUUUAUUUACUGGCACACUACGUCUAAAUAUUGAUCCAUCCAAUCAGUACAGUGAUAGUGAAAUAUGGAAUGCGUUAGAAAGUGUGCAUUUAAAGAGUUUUGUAUAUAGGCUAGAUAAAGGCUUAUAUUUGCCUAUUAAUGAAGGUGGAGAGAACCUGAGUGUAGGACAGCGACAGCUUAUAUGUUUGGCCAGAGCAAUGCUACAAAACAGUAAAAUUUUGGUACUUGAUGAAGCUACUGCUUCGAUAGAUACUGAAAGUGAUCAGCUUGUUCAGAAAACUAUCAGAGAACAAUUUAAAGCUUCCACAGUAAUAACCAUUGCUCAUCGACUAAAUACAGUUUUAGAUUCAUCAAGGAUUCUAAUAUUAGAGAAUGGUAUCAUUAAAGAACACGAUCGACCCUCCAACUUAAUUGCAAAUAGUAGCAGUAAAUACUAUCAUAUGCUUAAAGACGCAGAUUUAUUGCAAAAUUGA